UUUGUUUUGGGGUUCGACGAGUCUAUUUUUUCUGACACUAUAUGAUUGUUACACCACCAGACUAGAUCAAGUCGAGUCAGCCAAGGCUCGGAAAGAACUGGGAAUGUGUCUGGGAUGUACCUUUUACGUAGUUGGGGAAAGUUACCUGUGUGUUCUUUAAACAUUUGCAAAGCGAAUAAGAGAAAAAUUUCGGGAAACAGGGAUCAUUUACCAGAUACAAUGUCUUCUAACACUCUAAAAACGUUUUAUGGGCGUUCUCUCCCUCAAAAUCUGGUUGACUACCGAUCUACGGAGUCGAAAACUCGCCUCUGCCGUGCUCUGCAAACUGGUUAUGCUGUACCAUACCUAUCUUUGUCUUCGUGCUUCAAUACUCAAGCCGAACCAGCUUAUUGUGGGGUUAGUACUUUAGCGAUCAUCUUAAAUGCCCUGCGAAUAGAUCCUCAACGUAUCUGGAGAACUAUUUGGCGAUGGUUUACUGAGGAACUCUUAGAUUGUUGCCGUCCUUUAGAAGACAUAAAAGUAUCAGGGAUCACUUUGGAAGAAUUUGUUUGUUUAGCACAAUGCAAUGGAGCUGACGCGACCCUUGUUCGACCAAACGACUCGAACGAACAAUACGAGAAAUUUAUCCAGAUUGUAGAGCGAGUUUGCACUGGUGGAAAGGAGGUUAAUAGGGAAACGUUUGAUGAGGAAAAUCCAGAAGAGUUUAUGGCAAUUUCUUACUCGAGGAAAACUUUGGGACAAACUGGCGACGGUCAUUUUAGUCCUAUUGCUGCAAUGGACAAAGAAUCAAACUCUGUGUUGAUGUUUGACACAGCCCGGUUCAAAUAUCCGCCCUACUGGGUUCCUAUGGAAGUGCUCUUCCAAUCAAUGCUACCACUGGAUAGUGCUACGGGAAAGAGUCGUGGUUAUGUGGUAUUGAAGGCAAAAUAUGAAUAUCAAGGUCGAAAAGUUGCUUGUAAUUUUGAUGAGUGUAUUUCUAUGGAAGAGUGCCCUGAAAAUGAUUUACCAGUACCAAGGCCUGUGUAUAAAAGUGGCCAGUGGCAUUGUGGCAGUCAUCCUUGUAGUGGAGGUCCUUUUAACACAAUGAAACCAUCUUAGUGUGGUUCACAAUAAUUGGAAGAGUUACAAACAUAAUGCUACUUGGAAAAAAAAAAGAAAUAACCCCUUUUCAUAGGUGAGCUCAACCUUAGUGGUUUGCAAUUCUUCUCCUCCUUUGCAAGGAGCAUCAAGCCACAAUAAAGAAAAAGGAUAAGAUGGAGUUUUCAACUGCAUUCAACUCAACAAAACAAUUUUAUUCUUUGUGCAUAUUUUGCGUGGUGUUGGAUGUCUUAGGAGAACUAGAUGCAAAUCCCUAUGAAUGUACAGAGUCAGAAGUAGAAGAGACUUGCACUCUCACGUUAGAGCUUGGAGACUUUGAUUACAAAGGGCUCAGUAAGAUCAAAGUAGAGAUAACCAUUCACACCUUAAGAUUAGUAUGCAUAUUCUCCAUACUGUUCUCAAUACAUUUCCUUGAGUGCUGACAUGUAGAAAUUGUUUGACAGUUUAGAGCAUCUUUAGUUGGUGAUCAUUUUCUUUAUUCUCAUAACCUCAAUGUGUAAUUCAGGGCUGAUAUUGUAAGGAGAAAUUGAAUGCUAGUCACUCCUAAAGGGUCAAGACACCACUGGUUCACCCUGUGAGGCAAGGUAGAAGGGUUGGAUUAUAUCACAACCUAAAUACUCAGGUUUAAAUCUGAUUUACCUGAACCACUAGAUUUGUCUCUUAGAAGACGAUUCUGUAUAACUAUUGAGAUGGGUGAAAUGAUAUUCCGUAGUAGUAGUGAAAUAAUCAACUGCAGACCAGAAAUGGUCACAAUACAUAUCAUCUAUGUCUUUGUAGUAUUCUAAAGGCUUUUGUGUACAGAAAAAACUGUUACAUCGAAGGUUAGUAAUCUACUUUGUACUGAUAGGUAUAGUAUGGAUAAUGACAGUCAAUAUUCGAUCAAAACUGGCGAUAUGAUAGACAAUAAACCAGAUUUAAUGAUCAA